UUCAGUUCCGUGCAUUAGCUGGAAGUGAUAGCGUGUUUAGGUAUGUCUGGGUCUGCUUUAAUAAUUAAUUUCCAAUAAGAAACGUUGUUUAUCGGCUUUUUUGUACGAAAAAAGGCUUUAAUCGAUUAUUCUGGACGCUAGAAGUGUAGUUCCGUGGUGUGAGAAGAUUCAGGACGUGAAUCCAGGCCAGUUUCGGACAUCAAGAAAAUACAAGGUAAAAAAAAUGCAAGACAGAGUCCAGAAGUCCAAAGAAGAAGUGCAGAAGGGCAGAGAAAAAUAUGAAAUAGCUCUGCAGGAAAUAAACCAGUACAACCCCAAAUACAUGGAAGACAUGACUGUGGUUUUCGACAAGUGCCAAGAAAUGGAGGCGCAAAGGCUGAAUUUUAUUAAAUCGUCUCUAUUCGAAAUACAUAAAUACCUCAAUAUAUCGCAGGAUCCAACGUUGAACCAGAUAUACGAAGAACUGUACCACACGAUAAAUAACGCCGACUACGAGAAAGACUUGAAAUGGUGGUCAAACAACCACGGGGUCAACAUGGCCAUGAACUGGCCCCAAUUCGAGGAUUACACGGAGGAAUUCAGAGACAUCCACAAGGGCAAAUCCAAAGAUUCCUCACCGUCCGGCAUCACGUUAAUACACCAGAGACCAGUCGGAGAGGACUUGCAUGAUUACUCCUCAACACAGAAGUCGGUAAAGAAAGCGGCAGCUGCUAAACCAAACAACUCCGGCCCACCAGCACAAGGAAAAGAAACCGUCAAGUCGAUCACGGAGAAGAAUAACGAGAGCCCGUCGAAUAGGGUAUCGACUAUUACCAACGGCUCGUCCAACAAAGCGAACGACUCUAAUCCCUUCGACGAAGAGGACUGGGAAGAAGGGGAUGCCUUGGUGGAUAACGGCGAACCUGGUGUACCAGUCAAGGCUCUUUAUGACUAUGAAGGAGCUGAGAAUGAUGAGCUAAGUUUCAAAACAGGAGACAUAUUCGAUAAAUUGGAAGAUGAGGACGAACAGGGUUGGUGCAAAGGAAGGAAAGACGGCAGAGUGGGACUUUACCCUGCCAAUUACGUCGAAGUGGUGCAGCAAUAAAAACUUUUGGUGUCGAAGAAAAAAGUGUUAUUAUUAUUUGUUGUUAUUUUUUGAGAAAUAUUUACGGGGCUAUUGCUCAUCUUAAAAUUUUAGAUAUAACCGUCGAUGAAAUCGAGUGAAUGCUGACGAACGUUUUUGAAACGCUGUACAAAUUACUAUUAUUAAUGAACAGUGUCGAUGUGGUAACAUUAAUUUAUAGUCCUAACUGGAAAUCGAGGAAAGUUAGCAGCUAGUUGGAGAAGAGUUUUCUGUGCUGACAUGGCUCGUUGAUAGAGUUUGCGACUCGUUUUGAAAGUAUACAAAUUAUCAGUAUUUGGAGGAUAGCGGUGAAGUCUCGUCUAGUCCAAGGAGAAAUUUGUUUUUCCAUUUGAAUGCAAAAUUAUAAUUUUUUGAGUUUCUCCCUCCUUCAACCUGAGAUUUGAUGCACAUUCCGGAGGAACUAGGAUAAUCUUGCUCAAUUUAUUUCGAUAUCAUUUAAUUUUCCACUAAUUGUUGUGUAACAGCUCCGAGUUAUUGAAAUUAAUGAUACAUUCAUCCGGAACUGAACAAUUCUACAUACUGUUCGUCUUGUAAAUCCCCUUUAUACUGAUUGUGGCUAAUUUUCACCUUUUCACAAGUUGUCAUAAUUUAUUUAGUAUUUAUAAUAUUCUGUUUCUCUCAUUUUGUCGCCACUUUCGAGUUCCAUCUUCCAUGUUACUUUUUAUUUAUGUUGAUUUGGGCGUAGACUUGACUUGGGCCAUUUUCUGUUGGAUACUGAUUACUUGAAUAGAGACACGUUUUUUUUUACUUAUCAUUCUGCAUUGUAAUUGAAAACAACACGAUUCACGAAGAAAACAUGUUAUAUUCAAGUAAUCAGUAUUGAAGCUAUAGUCAUUCAUGUAAAUACAAUUUUGAAUAAAUCGAGACACUUCCAGUGGAAAUUAAUAUUGUACUAUCAUUAGGCUUAGUUAGAAAUUGUAUGUAAAUUAUUAUCCAGUAGAUUUGUUUGAGAAACAAGAAAUUGUGUAUAUUAAUACAGUAAAAGUUUAUUUUAGAAUUA